CACGCACAAUCCGAGUACCUACUCCCGGAGCGAACCCCCUGGAUCCAUCCAUCCAUCGUCCAUCCACAUCCACAUCCACCAAAUGACGACCCCGUCCUCCCCGUGUCCCCAUUCAGCCCGUGUUCAUCAAUACCCUCGCCCCGACGAUUCGGGCUCCUGCACUACUACUGCCGGUUCCCGCCCGCGCCUUGUACAAGUAUCAUCCAGGGCUUCAUCAACGGGGAGUUGCUAGGUCUUUUCUUCUUCUUUGGCUUAAUUCUGUAGCGCAUAUUGCCGCUUGCGCCAUCGCAAUCUGUCUCUCGGUGCCGCCGCCGUCACCCGCCUCCUUACCUUGUCUCGAAUCUCUCGAAUUCGGACAGACAGGCAGGCACACGCCCGGCACGUGUCGCACACCGGCGGCUCCCAACGUGUACCGAGUAGCCAACGCCCUCCCUCCUCUAUCCCGGCGACUUACUUCUUCCAUCCUAGCCGGGGGCCUUUUCCUUCUCGUCUCCUACCGCCCUCGCCUCGCAGCGCAGCGCCGCGCCUCGCCUCCGCGCCUCCGCGCCCAUGGCGUCAACGCCGUGGGACUACAUCGCCAAGCUCGUCUGCAUCGGCGACUCGGGAUGUGGCAAGUCCAGCCUCACCAUCCGCCUCUGCGAGGGCCGCUUCUCCCCGCAGCACGACGUCACCAUCGGCGUCGAGUUCGGCUCCCGCAUCGUCCCCGUCGGCCCGCCGCACUCGAAACCCUCCUCGCCCUUCGCCACCACUGUCGUCGCCGCCGGCGGUGACCCCCCAUCCGCCCCCCCUCCCGAUGGCCUGCCCGAACCGCCCCGCGACACGAGCAAACACCCACAGAAGCAUAUGAAGCUCAGCCUCUGGGACACGGCCGGCCAGGAGACGUACAAGUCGGUCACGCGCUCCUACUUCCGCGGCGCGAGCGGCGCGCUCCUCGUCUUCGACCUCUCCCGCAGGCAGACCUUCCAGCACGUCACCGACUGGCUCAACGACCUGCGCCAGAUCGCCGAGCCCGACAUCGUCGUCAUCCUCGUCGGCAACAAGGCCGACCUGACGCAGCAGGAGGAGCGCAACGCGCGCGAGGUCACCCGCCAAGAGGCCGAGGAGUGGGCGCGCAGGAACGGCGUCAUGGAGUACGUCGAGACGAGCGCCAAGAGCGGCGAGAACGUCGAAAAGGCCUUUACCAGGGUCGCCGAGCGGAUAUACCAGAACAUACAGGCCGGCAAGUACGAUUUGAACGACAGGAGAUCCGGCGUCAAGGGGCCCGGCGCCGGUGGCAACCGGCAGGUCAGGCUGGCCGAUGCCAAGUCUGGGGCCGGCGGUUGCUGUUGAGGCAAUCCGCGGGGGGACACAUGGAGAGCACGGUUCACACAUGUUGAUCGAGCAUGAUACCCCUUGUCGCAAUCUCGAGACGCGUACUCACUACGCAUUACGACUAAUGCAGCAAUGCACAACCAUCUCUGAGCAUACAUCAUCCUACA